AUGGACUUACCUCAAGUUCGGGUAUCCAGAGGAAGGUCCGUAGAGCUUGAUGGUCGUCGCAUAAAUGCCGUUUCACCAAUGCAUCUUGGCGAAUCGGUUUUGCAAAAUUUAAUAAAAGAGAAGCAGUCUCAACAACAGCAGCAACAGCAACAGAAUCAUCAAACGACUGUGCAAGAUGAAAGCUCCAAAAUGACCAAAACGGACGAUAAUGAAAUGAAACUCAUGAAGAUGAUUGAAAAGUAUCAGAGUCAGGUCAAGCUGCAACAACAACGAAACCCUUCACAGGCUUCGUCACGUAAUAACCUUCAUAAAAUUGAGAAAAUUGCGAAUUCGCGACCACCCAAUGGGAUUCCUCCAUCCCACAUGAGCCAUUCCCAGCCUUGCUUGAUCGCUAUCACCGACAAACCACCUGAUUAUAGUGUCACGCAACCUAUGAGUAGCCAUCAGUACCAGAGGAGAUCUUCCGGCUCUGGUUCAAGUGACCAACAUGAAGGCUUAGGCAAUGGUUUAGCUAAUCAAAGGGCGAACAAUAAUCAGAAACUUCUUCAAUCCAUACGUGACCAGAACGUACAGCUGAAAAGAGAAGUUGACACUCUCAAGCAUAAGUUGAUUAAGUUGCAACAAAUCGAGACAGCAUAUGAAAGAAUAGAGAGAGAAUAUGAUGUCCUAUUACGUGAAAAAGAACGUCAAGAAGGUUUGGAAAUGACUACUCUCACCCAAAUGGAACGCUAUAUACGACGGAUAUUAGCUGAAAGAGACAUGCUACAAGAAAGGUUAGACCAAGUACAAAACUCUCUUCCGAACAUGCAGAUGCAAAGGGUUACGGUAGAUAAGUACAGUCAACUUAAUAGUUUGUUGAAUGAGGUUUUACCACAAAACGAAGAGCUAAAAGCUUGCAAUGAAAGGCAAAGGUUGGAGAUGAAUGCUCAAUCUGCAACUCUUGAAGAACAACGGAACCACAUUUCAAUGCUAGAGAAAGCCCUAACGAAUGCUCAAGACAGGUUAUCCAAAAAAGAUGAGGCUGUCGAAGAAUUAAGGAGCUCGCAUGAACGAUCAAAGAUGUUACAACGUCAGCUAAAGGAAGUUCUCAUCGAUAAACAAUCAAGAGAUGAAGCUCAUGCUCAGGAGCGAGCUCAGUGGGAGAUGGAGAUUACUCAGUUGCGGUUACAAGUCAACAAAGAUGCUUCGUUAAAUGGUAGUUUAAAAAGAUCAAAUGGAGCGAGAUCAUCUGUUGAUAGCGGUGAUGAAGCAGUAACGCGCCUGAAAAAGUCCUUGUAUGCCCGAGAUGAACGAAUUACUCACUUAGAGAAAACUAUUAUGGAACUUCAAGGGAAGCUUCAUGAUGAAACCGAGCGCAAGAAAGUAGCCUUAGGUGCCCUUAGUGACAAUCUGGAAUCCAAAAUCAAAAGAUUAGAAGAGGAAAAAACUGAAAAGGAUCGAAAAAUAGCUGUGCUAACAGAAGAGAAAGAGAAGUUAGGAGAUUUUUUGGAUGAAAGUAGAGGAACUCACUUGCUAUUUGCAACAUCUCGUGAUGAUGGAGGAAAUCGGGAUUUGGAAAUGAUAGGACAGAAAAUCCAAGAGAGAAGAAGAAAAGGAAGACUGGGACCAACGGGAGGAUUAAUCGGCAUGACUGGCGAUCAUUCGAGAUCUUCUUCAGGAUCCUUACUACAAACAAGUCACCAAAGAACAUCAUCAAUUGGUGGUGCACGUGACUCUAAUUUGCUUAAUGACAAUACUCUUCUUCCUGAAGCAGGUUAUACUAGUAAAUCAUAUGUAGAGCAUAAUGGAAAUAGCGAUUUUACAACAAAAAUAUCGUUUCGAGGAGAGAAACGAGAAGACGAAAACGGGGAUUCCGUAUGGAACGUAUUUUCCAUAUUGGUCGUAUCAUAA